GUUGUUGGAUUGGCAGCAAAACAAAGUAGAAUAAGAAAUAUUUCAAAUACAGUAAUGAAAGUAAAGCAGAUCCUUGGCAGAAGCCAGAAAUGCGGUCCUUGGACCUGGCUUCUCAACAAUUAGCCCUGAGAGGGAAGAAUCGGCUGGCUCCUGGAAAUACACUGAGAGCACACAGAGCUUCCCCACACCUUCAGAUUUGCACCUUGCUGCCCAGGAGCUUCCCACAGCUAAUCUUCCUUCCCAGUCCACUAUGGCCAGUUCCAAUAGCAGUGCGGGCAUCCGGUGGUCCAGACAGGAGACACGAACGCUUCUCUCCAUACUAGGCGAGGCAGAGUAUAUUCAACGCCUCCAGACUGUGCAUCAUAAUGCAGAUGUCUAUCAGGCUGUGUCUAAGCGAAUGCAGCAGGAAGGCUUCCGCCGCACCGAACGUCAGUGCCGCUCCAAGUUUAAAGUUCUGAAGGCGUUAUAUUUAAAGGCGUACGUUGCCCAUGCCACGAGUGUGGGGGAUCCGCCGCACUGUCCGUUUUAUGAUACAUUGGAUCAGCUUCUCCGAAAUCAGAUAGUGACUGACCCAGACAACUUAAUGGAGGACACUACUUGGGCCAAGCACUGUGAUCAGAACUUAGUGGCCUCUGACACCCCAGGGGAAGAGGGACCCAGCAUUCUCAGAGCAAAAAGGACUCAGGCAGCAGAUCAUCAGCCUAUCUUGAAAACAGUUAAGGAAUCAGAUGAGGAUUGUCAACUGAGAAUCAGUGACCAGAUGCGAGAAACCAGUGACCUUGAGGACUCCUGGGAUGAAUCCUCGGGUGCAGGGUGCUCUCAAGGGACCCCCAGCUACAGCAGCUCCCACCACCUUUUCAGAGGUGCGGUUGCUCCCUGUCAGAGCAGCCCCAUGACCCGCCUGGGUGUGUCCGGUGAGCCCAGUCCGUGUGCCAGCACCAGCCGAAACACUCCUGGGGUGGCCUCCGCACCGCGGCCUCCGGUCUCCUCCUCCACAGUUCCUUUUGUUUCUGGUGGGGAUAGGCCUUUGACCGGUGAGCCCCCUCCACGGUGGGCGAGGCGAAGAAGGCGGUCAGUGGCCAGGACUAUUGCGGCCGAGUUGGCAGAAAACAGGAGGUUGGCACGAGAACUUUCAAAGCGUGAGGAAGAAAAAUUGGACAGGCUGAUUGCUAUUGGUGAGGAGGCCAGUGCUCAGCAAGACACUGCCAACGAGCUCCGCAGGGAUGCCGUGAUCGCAGUCAGACGCUUGGCCACGGCGGUGGAAGAGGCCACCGGUGCUUUUCAGCUAGGGCUCGAAAAAUUGCUUCAGAGGUUAAUUUCGAAUACCAAAAGUUAAGAAUUGAUUACAAAGAGGCUGUUUCCUAAACUGGUAGAAGCCCAGUUCCAACACCUGCCUUUUGGUACCCUGGCUCCUUUUACACGUCCUUAGGAAUGAAUAAAGGAAAGAAAAAGCGGAUGAAACAUUAA